CUGUCAAAUUAUAGUUGGUACUACUCUGCAAUGUCUAUAUUGGACAGCCAGAGUGAGGAAAAACAAAGUGGAGAACAAGAGAGGUAUCUGCAAGCCAACAAUGAAGAAUUCAACACUGUAUUUGGAUAUCCGAACAAUACCAUCAAGACCUCAAAAUAUAAUGUCUUUAACUUCUUGCCCCUGAACCUAUUUGAACAGUUCCAGAGACUUGCCAAUGCAUAUUUUCUCAUUUUGCUAAUCUUACAGUUGAUUCCCCAGAUCUCCUCCUUGGCAUGGUACUCAACUGUGAUACCCCUGAUAGUGGUGCUAACCAUAACAGCAGUGAAAGAUGCCAUUGAUGACCUGAAAAGGCACCAAAAUGACAAUCAGGUCAACAACCGUUCUGUUCUGGUCCUGAUGAAUGGCAGGAUGGAGAAGAAAAAAUGGAUGAAUAUCCAAGUGGGAGAUAUAAUAAAAUUAGAAAAUAAUCAGCCUGUCACGGCUGAUAUACUGUUACUCUCUAGCAGUGAGCCCUACAGUAUGACAUAUAUAGAAACAGCAGAACUGGAUGGUGAAACCAACCUGAAAGUGAAGCAGGCCAUCUCUGUUACCAGUGAAAUGGAAAAUAACUUGAAGCUGCUUUCUGCCUUUGAUGGUGAAGUGAGGUGUGAGUCUCCCAAUAACAAGUUGGGCAGAUUCACAGGAAUACUGACUUAUAAGGGAAAAAACCACAUCCUGGACCAUGACAAGCUGCUGCUCCGAGGAUGCAUCAUCAGGAAUACAGAUUGGUGCUAUGGCUUAGUGAUUUAUACCGGGCCAGACACCAAAUUAAUGCAGAACAGUGGAAAGUCCUCCUUUAAACGGACACACAUAGACCAUCUCAUGAAUGUCCUUGUGCUCUGGAUUUUCCUGUUUUUAGGCAGCAUGUGUUUUAUCCUAGCAAUUGGGCAUGGCAUUUGGGAGAGCAAGAAAGGCUACUACUUCCAGAGUUUUCUACCACGGAAAGAAUAUGUCUCUUCAUCAGUUGUCUCUGCCAUCUUCAUAUUCUGGUCCUACUUCAUUAUUCUCAACACCCUGGUGCCUAUUUCACUCUAUGUCAGUGUUGAGAUAAUAAGAUUGGGCAACAGUUUCUAUAUCAACUGGGAUCAGAAGAUGUUUUAUGCACCAAAGAACACACCAGCACAGGUUCGCACCACUACCCUUAAUGAGGAGCUCGGCCAGGUCAAAUACGUGUUCUCUGACAAAACAGGGACCCUGACUCAGAACAUAAUGAUUUUCAACAAGUGUUCUAUUAAUGGGACACUAUAUGGUGUUGUCUAUGACAAGAAUGGACAGAAGGUGGAAGUCUCUGAGAAAACAGAAAAGGUCAACUUCUCCUACAACAAACUGGCUGAUCCUAAGUUUUCAUUUUAUGACAAGACUUUGGUGGAAGCAAUAAAAAGGAGAGAUCGAUGGGUGCACUUGUUUUUCCUUGCACUCUCAUUGUGUCAUACUGUGAUGACAGAGGAGAAAGAGGAAGGUGAGCUGGUAUACCAGGCUCAGUCCCCAGAUGAAGGUGCCUUGGUCACUGCUGCCAGGAACUUUGGCUUUGUGUUGCGUUCCCGUACGUCUGAAACAAUCACGGUGGUCGAAACGGGGAAAACCAAAGUCUACCAACUGCUGGCUAUUUUGGACUUCAACAAUGUGCGCAAGAGGAUGUCUGUUAUUGUGAGGACACCUGAAGAUCGGGUAAUGCUGUUCUGCAAGGGAGCAGACACCAUCCUUUGUGAGCUUCUUCAUCCAUCCUGUGCAUCCCUCAGAGAUGUGACCAUGGAACAUUUAGAUGAAUUUGCCAUUGAAGGCCUUCGAACCCUCGUUGUGGCCUAUCGAGAACUGGACAGUUCCUUCUUCCAUGCCUGGAGCAAGAAGCACAACGAAGCCUGCUCGUCUUUGGAGAAUCGGGAAAAUAAAAUAACAAGUGUCUAUGAAGAGGUUGAAAAAGACUUGGUGCUGUUAGGGGCCACAGCCAUAGAAGAUAAGCUGCAGGAUGGAGUACCUCAGACAAUCAAAACGCUGAACAAAGCCAAAAUUAAAAUCUGGGUUUUAACUGGAGAUAAGCAAGAGACUGCUGUGAACAUUGCCUAUGCCUGUAACAUAUUUGAGGAUGAAAUGGAUGAGCUGUUUAUUGUGGAAGGCAAGGAUAAUGAGACUGUUCAGCAAGAACUCAGGUCAGCAAUGUACAAGAUGAAACCCGAGUCUCUACUGGAAUCAGACCCAAUAAACACUUACCUUGCCACGAAGCCCAAAAUGCCCUCCUGGAUACCUGAGGAGGUGCCCAAUGGCAACUAUGGCUUGGUCAUCAAUGGCUACAGUCUGGCCUAUGCUCUAGAAGGGAACCUGGAGUUGGAACUGCUGCGAACAGCAUGCAUGUGCAAGGGGGUUAUCUGCUGCCGGAUGACACCCCUUCAGAAGGCCCAGGUGGUGGAGCUGGUGAAGAGGUACAAGAAGGAGGUGACACUGGCCAUCGGGGAUGGGGCCAAUGACGUCAGCAUGAUCAAAGCUGCCCAUAUUGGGGUUGGCCUCAGUGGCCAGGAGGGAAUGCAGGCCAUGCUCAACAGCGACUUCAGCUUCUGCCAGUUCCACUAUCUUCAGCGUCUACUCUUGGUUCAUGGCCGCUGGUCCUAUAAUCGCAUGUGCAAGUUUCUCAGCUACUUCUUUUAUAAAAACUUUGCCUUCACCCUGGUGCACUUCUGGUAUUCCUUCUACAGCGGGUUCUCUGCACAGACAGUUUAUGAUACCUGGUUUAUCACUUUCUACAACCUGAUCUACACCUGCCUCCCCAUCCUGGGCUUGAGUCUAUUUGACCAGGAUGUGAAUGAAGCAUGGAGCCUACGCUUCCCGGAGCUGUAUGAGCCAGGCCAGCACAACCUCUAUUUCAACAAGAAGGAAUUUGUGAAGUGUUUAGUGCAUGGGAUCUACAGUUCCUUCGUGCUGUUCUUUGUUCCCAUGGGGACCAUUUUCAACUCAGUGAGCAGUGACGGGAAGGAAAUCUCUGACUACCAGUCCUUCUCCCUGAUAGUGCAGACCUCCUUGCUUUGGGUGGUCACAAUGCAGAUUGCCCUGGAGACAACCUACUGGACAACGAUAAACCAUCUCUUCACCUGGGGUAGCCUGGGUUUCUACUUCUGCAUCUUAUUCUUCCUGUACAGUGAUGGCUUGUGCCUAUUGUUCCCCAAUAUCUUCCGAUUCCUGGGUGUGGCAAGGAACACUUUGAGCGUGCCACAACUGUGGCUCAGUGUUGUCCUCAGCGUGGUCCUCUGUAUGUUGCCUGCCAUUGGGUACCAGUUUCUCAAACCAUUAUUAUGGCCCAUCAGUGUAGAUAAGGUUAUUGACACAAUUCACGGCAUGAAACAUCCACUGCCACUCCCAAUCCAGAGAAAACUGAAAAGUGCAGGUCCUCGACGUUCUGCCUAUGCCUUCUCCCACAAACAGGGCUUUGGGCCCCUCAUCACUUCUGGCAAGUUUAUGAAGUCCAAGUGGCCCAGGAUAAACAGCUGUCAUAAAAAAGGUUCUACUUGGGUGUCAGGAUUGAUCCUCGCCGCUCAGGCGGAGGUGGCUGAGCAAAUGCACCUACCUUCUAAACCAGUAGGCCUGUGCGCCUGGGUUCUAGGUUGCAGCGCACUGGGGCCGCGCUGCGGCAGACACCACCCCGAAGGGGCGGGGCGCGGGCCGCAGAAGGCGGGGCCACAGCCGCAGCCCCGCCGCGCCCCUCGCGGGAAAGCACUGCGCGUGACUCGCUGCGCCCUUCGCUGCGGGAGCCCGAGAAGGGGUCGAGCACCCGGAGUCCAGUGGACCGAACCAACGCGCCGUCCUGAGGGGCGGCUAGAGGGCAAUCCAGAUUGGACCAUCGCCUCGCAGCUGCAGGGGGGACCGGGCGUUACCAACCCGCCUGGAGAGGAGGGGGGCGCCGUCCUGUCCCCGCUGCAACGCAAUCCCUGGAGGGUUCGAGGCGCCGCCGCCGCCGCCACCGCCGCCGCCGCUGUAGAACCGACCACGCUGAGGCGAGAGACUAGUUCCACUCUGACCCUCUGGACCCAGCUCAUCCUCAGUCCUCUUCCUGACCCUUCAACUCUACCAUCCACUGAACUUGCAGACACCCAGGACUACCUAUCGCUUUGGGCGUCACCCCAGAUCCAGCCCAACCGUCUCCUCAAACUGUCCCUUGGGAGGCACCCGCUCAGCCGACUUGCGCCCAGUAGUCUUCGCUGUACCCACAUCUCUUGUGAUGGCCCUGGAGGAGUGCGGAGGCCCAGCAUCCAGCCCCGCGGCUGCGGCGGGGACCUCCCCCACAGCCAGCGCCCUCCCCAGCCCUGGUCCCUGGUUCCAAGUUGGUAUCUGCCGGAGCCGGGAUGGGAUCUCCCUUGUGCAUCCAGUUUUGCCUUGCGGAAAACCUUUGGUCUGGCAGUUUGCCAGCUGCACUUGUCUGCUGCAAAGGGCACCAUGAUUCUGUUGCCCCCCGGCCUGCUUGAGACCUCCAAGCUGGCCCUGUGGACCCCGGGGGACUGCCCUGGAGACAAGGACCAUACACUAUUCAUUCGUAUCCCCAGAACCCAGGACAGUGGCUGA